CUUGCGGAACUACAUACUAUGGACGCGUUUCGAGAGCACCAUUGGUUGAAAGAUUUAACAUUGUAAUAUAGAAACAACACGUUUUAUUUCUUAUUUUUUUUUUCAAGGCGCGUUGGUUCGUGGCCGGGAUGGGAUUUCGCAUCACAACAUGGAACGUUAAUGGGAUACGAAACCCGUUCUCCUAUGAGCCAUGGAGAGGGAAGCGGUCAUUCGAGGCGAUGUUCGAUACAUUGGAGGCAGACAUUGUCGUUUUUCAAGAGACCAAGAUCCAGCGCAAAGAUCUCCGAGAUGACAUGGUCUUAGUUCCCGGAUGGGAUUGUUAUUUCAGUCUGCCCAGAGUGAAAAAGGGCUACUCCGGAGUUGUCAUCUACACUCGCAAUGCCAAAUGUGCGCCAGUACGCGCAGAAGAAGGCAUUACUGGGGUUCUCUGUCCACCCAACACAUCAACUCCAUUUCGUGAACUCCCUGGAGAGCAUCAGAUUGGGGGUUAUCCGACCUUAGAGCAGCUAUAUCAGUUUGAAAUCGAACCAGCAGUCCUUGACUCAGAAGGCCGCUGCGUCAUUCUCGAGUUUCCAGCAUUCGUUCUAAUCGGCACGUACUGUCCAGCAAAUCGUGAUGAAAGUCGCGAUUCAUUUCGUCAGAAUUUCAUCGAAGCAUUGGACACUCGUGUUCGAAAUCUGGUUGCCAUGGGUAAGAGGGUAUUAGUGACUGGAGAUCUGAACAUUUCCAGAGGAGAAAUCGACUCAGCACACGCGGGAGAAGCAAUCCGUAAGGGAGUCGCGACGGAGGACGAAUUUGUGUCUGCUGGGGUAAGACGGAUCUUUAAUCAGCUGCUGUCUGAUGGGAAAGUGAUUGGCGAGCGGGACGAAGGACGAGAGAAGCCAGUUCUGUAUGAUAUCUGCAGAGCGUAUCAUCCAGAGCGGAGGGGUAUGUAUACGUGUUGGGAACAAAGGCUCAACGCUCGACCAGGGAAUUUCGGUGCGAGGAUUGACUAUGUCCUGUGUAGUCUUGAUAUGCAGGAAUGGUUUUUUGAUUCGAAUAUUCAAGAGGGUCUAUUGGGAUCUGACCAUUGUCCGGUUUUUGCCACGUUUAAAGAUUCAGUUACUAUUGAUGGGAGUUCCGUUAACAUAAUGGAUGCCAUGAAUCCUCCUGGAAUGUUCCAAAACGGCGAACGUCAGCAAGAAUACUCAACCAAGUACCUCCUCCCUAUAUCCGGACGGUUGAUACCGGAAUUUGAUAGAAGGAGAAACAUCAAAGACAUGUUUGCACGCAAGCCAGUGCAAAGGUCGAGUACUGUAUCUACGACUCUAGAACGGACUACUUUGGUUCAGGAAAAGGAAUCACAAUCACCCGCAAUAUCGGAUGAAAAUAACACACCAUCUGUCCAAGUUACGGAAGACACAAGGACCACCAAGGGCAUUACUCGCAAGAGAAAUGAGGAGAGUCAAUCUACACCGACCGCCUCAAUGAAGCGCACAAAAUCGAUGACUACACAAGCACCAGCUCCGUCAACGCCCGGGCAAAAGAGUCUUAAGGGCUUUUUCAAGCCGAAAAGUAGUCCCUCCAAGCCAUCUGCCACACAGACCUCUGAUAGCACAGCCAACGAACUACCGGAAUCCCCCUCCAAGCGCAGCAUUCCAUCCUCAAGUCAACCCGAAGACACCCGACCCCCAACCAAACCCCAGGAUCCAUUCACCGAUGAACACCCCUCCUCCGCAUCCCAGGAAAGCGAAAGCGUAAUCGACCCCAUCGUUAGCAAAGAAGACUGGUCCAAACUGUUCAGCAAGAAACCGCCACCCACGUGUGAUGGCCACGAGGAACCUUGUAUCAGCCUCACGACAAAGAAACCGGGCGUGAACUGUGGGAGGGCAUUCUGGAUUUGUCAAAGGCCGCUAGGACCGAGUGGGAAUAAAGAGAAGGGCACGCAAUGGCGGUGUCCGACGUUUAUCUGGGCUAGUGAUUGGAAUAGCACUGCGGAGUAAUAGGGAAUGAGGUGUUGUGUGACCUGGGGUAUUUUUAGCCCUUUGUCUUCUAAAAUGACACCCUUCUUGUCAUACUGUGGCGCUAGAAAGUCUCAAAGUGGAGACCUUGUUUCCACUCUCGGAAAUAGCAGCUCUUCUAUUACCCGGGGUAGAGAAACGGGAAUAAAGGAAACAAAGAGAGGUACAUGACAAGCAGCUACACGAGAUCUCGUUCUGCUUGUCCCUGUCAGCAUGCUGGGCUCUGAUAGGCGUUAGCCGCUGCAGGGUGAAGGAGUCCCUUCAAGUACAUUAUGCAAUGCAACCUGUACAAGAAUCCAUCACCUGGGCACACUGGGGUUAAGUCGAUCCUGGGCGUUUUCGAAGAUCAUGUCACAUAUGAGGUAGAUUAAACGUUUUAAAUUGUAUGUUCAGACGGUUCCCGAUGUAAUCUACAUAUAGUGAAAUCAAAAACCGCA